AUGGCUUUUUCCACCGGGUCGUUUGCGACCUUCCUGAUUGUCUGCCCGACAUGCUUCUUUCUGGGCAUCGUUUUCUCAUUGUUCCCCUACGACUAUCCAGUCCUCUGGUCCGCAAUCCCAACCCCGGAUUCCCACUAUGACUACCUUGAAGCCCACCUGCGCUUCCUCCACGCCUCGCCCCCGCUCAUCCCGCGCAUCCUCCACAUAGUGAUCUUCCUCGGUCUCGCAGGCCUAGUGACGAAGCUCUAUCGCCCCUCCGAAUCCAACAUGCUCUUCGACGGCGCCUCCCUAGUUCUCUACAUGUGCGGCGUGACCAUCUACAUCGCGAACAUCGUCAAGGGCAUGCGCCUUGCCACUGCUGGCAAGUAUGGCGCCGCUCUGGCCACCAACCCGGAUGACAGCGAGCAGAUCCUCGGUCGCGAGGACUCACUUAAGGUGCUUUCAGCUAGUAAUACUAUCUUAGCGCUUGUCCUUGUUGGUAUUCUCAUCUUGCAGGCUGGUCAGUGGUAUGCUGAGCGCAAGGAUGCGCAGGAUAUUGCCAAGUUUGCUGCUAGCAAGAAGGAGGAGGAGAAGGAGGAAGUAGUCGUUCCUGUUACGGCUACUGCUACUACUUCCGGUGCUUCGACUACUAGAGCUACUCGGUCGAGUCAACGUAAGAAGAGCAACUGA